ACAACUCUAUAUUCCUGCAGUUUUCUCAGUUCAUCUUUCAGCACCUCUUCCUGCGGUUUUCAGCUCAUCUUUCUCUCCCAUGGGUUCGAUCGAAAUCCCAACCGCCAACGGCAACGGAAAAUCGCCGCCCUUCGACGGCGCAGAGACGGCGUUGGAGUCCAACACGUCGAAGCGGCGGAGAUCGUCGGUGCUCCCUCUGGAGGUCGGCACGCGCGUCAUGUGCCGGUGGAGGGACAACAAGUACCAUCCCGUGAAGGUCAUCGAACGGCGGAAGGUUCACAACGCCGAUUAUGAGUAUUACGUCCAUUACACCGAGUUCAAUAGAAGGCUUGAUGAGUGGGUUAGGCUUGAACAGCUCGAUCUUGAUUCAGUGGAGGCUGUUGUGGAUGAGAAAGUGGAGGAGAAGGGUGCGACGGGCUUGAAGAUGACGCGCCAUCAAAAGAGGAAGAUUGAUGAGACUCAUGUAGAGGGACAUGAGGAGCUUGAUGCUGCCAGUUUGCGAGAACAUGAGGAAUUUACAAAAGUGAAAAAUAUAGCUACUAUUGAGCUUGGAAGAUAUGAGAUUGAGACAUGGUACUUCUCCCCCUUCCCUCCAGAAUACAAUGACUGUUUGAAGCUGUUCUUUUGUGAGUUUUGCCUCAAUUUCAUGAAGCGCAAAGAACAGCUUCAGAGGCAUAUGAGGAAAUGCGAUCUGAAGCAUCCCCCUGGUGAUGAGAUUUACAGAAGUGGUACACUGUCAAUGUUUGAGGUUGAUGGAAAGAAGAACAAGGUUUAUGGGCAGAAUCUUUGUUAUUUGGCGAAGUUAUUUCUUGAUCACAAGACCCUCUAUUAUGAUGUAGAUCUGUUUCUGUUUUAUGUUUUGUGUGAAUGUGAUGAUCGAGGAUGUCACAUGGUUGGCUAUUUCUCCAAGGAAAAACAUUCCGAGGAAUCUUACAAUUUGGCAUGUAUCCUCACCCUUCCACCUUACCAAAGGAAAGGCUAUGGCAAAUUUCUAAUUGCUUUCUCAUAUGAACUGUCGAAGAAGGAGAGCAAAGUUGGGACACCUGAAAGACCCCUUUCAGAUCUUGGACUGCUAAGCUACAGAGGAUAUUGGACCAGGGUUCUCUUGGACAUUCUGAAGAAGCACAAGGGGAACAUUUCUAUCAAGGAACUGAGUGAUAUGACUGCCAUUAAAGCUGAAGAUAUAUUAACAACCCUACAGAGUCUAGAGUUGAUUCAAUACAGGAAAGGUCAACAUGUGAUCUGUGCUGAUCCCAAAGUGUUGGAUCGCCAUCUUAAAGCUGCUGGAAGGGGCGGCCUGGAGGUUGAUGUUAGCAAAUUGAUCUGGACUCCUUAUAAAGAACAGAGUUGAUCCCUCAAAAACAAAUAUCAUAUAGUAACUUGUACCUUUGUUUAUAGUGACAAUGAGGAUAGGAACAUUACUGUAUAGUGCUGAACCCUAGUUGUAGCUGUAGAUGUAACUGUAGCGUAGGUACCUGCAUGUAUUGCUCUGUUAUCUCUUUCCUCCUAUCUUGUAAUGAUGAAUGGCAGAAGCAAAAUUUUAUUUUAUUUUAAUGAGAUUGGUGAUUGCAUGA